AUGCCUGAUGCUUUUUUGACUGAGGCGGCCUUGUCGGUUCCGUUGAGCUCCUCGACUUCAGCUCAUCUCCUUUCAACACACUCCCACCUCCUACGUGAUUCAGGUAAAUCAUUGAAUGUCCGACAGCAAAGGGACUACUGCGGAGCUUGUGGUAGUGUUAGAAAGCCCGAGUGGACCAAAGUCACUGAGAUCAAACCAAAGACAAGGAAACAUCUAGCUACAUCAGUCUCCAAAGGCGCCACUGUAUACAAGUGUCUUCGCUGUCAUCGGCGAGCUGUAUUACCACCUAAGCAGGCCCCUCAGUCCCUGCCUUCUGCCCAAGCUGUAAACAUUGCAGCGUCAUCUACUCAAGAUCCAACAGAGGCUGUGGCAGGCCCAACGCGAGCCACAACCGACCCCAAGUCCGGUGAGAACCAAAACAGCAAGAAGCGAGCCAAAGCACGCAAGCAAGGUGGUCUUCAAGCUCUUCUCGCCUCAAAACAGCAAGCUCAGCCCUCGCUGGACUUGCUUGACUUCUUGCAGUAG